ACAAACCGCUGUCAGUUCGGUCAUUUCGUCAACUUAGCCACGUUCGGCAAUUUUUCCCGUGUUAGCGAGAUAGCAAAAAAUUGAAAUUUCGUAUUUAAUUCAGUUCUAUCAGCAUCGAAACGGUCCACCGUAGACAAGAUGAGUGAGACCAUCACUUGUACGCCGGAGUCGGCGAUUUUUGAAGCUCCACAGCUUCAAUUUAACGAGGAUGGCUGGGGUCCCUGCGAGCUUCCGGACGCCUUUAAGGAUAUUCCGUAUCAACCGUUUAGUAAAAGUGAUCGUUUGGGCAAGAUUUCCGACUGGACUGGCACGGCUCAAACGGACAAAAAAUAUCCAAAUAAGUAUAAUUCGCAAUUCGGUGGUGGCAGCCAGUAUGCGUAUUAUCAUGAGGAAGAUGAAACAACAUUCCACCUGGUGGAUAGUGCUCGAAUCCAGAAACCGCCCCAUCAACGCGGUCGUUUCCGUGGCAAUCUAAGAAAUCAACGCGGUCGUGGUCGUGGUGGACGCGGUGGCGUACAAGCCGGUGGAAUGACGGCACUUUCGAAGAAUGCUAACAAGGGCCGUGAUCAGAGACGGGGAACUACUCGCAAAUGGGGCAAUCGUGGCCCUCCGCCGAAAAUUCGUGACGCUUCGGUUACCGUUCGUCCGGAUUGGGUGACAAUCGAAGAGAUGGACUUCCCCCGAUUGUCGAAGCUUUCGCUACCGAACGUAAAGGAAGGUGAAGACAUCAGCACUUGUGGCACUCUGGAGUAUUACGAUAAGGUUUAUGAUCGUGUAAAUGUGAAAAAUGAGCGACCAUUGCAACGUGUGGAUAGAAUUUUCCACACUGUUACGACCACCGACGAUCCGAUCAUCCGGCAGUUAUCGAAAACGCACGGAAAUGUUUAUGCUACUGAUGCCAUUUUGGCCACUAUUAUGUGCUGCACUCGUUCGUAUUACUCGUGGGACACAGUUAUCGAAAAAAUUGGAGAAAAACUGUUUAUGGAUAAACGCGAUAAUACCGAGUUUGAUCUGUUGACUGUAAACGAGACGGCUAUCGAGCCUCCACAGGAAGAUGGCAAUUCGCUAAACUCUCCGAGAAAUUUAGCCAUUGAAGCAACAUUCAUCAACCAUAAUUUCAGUCAGCAGGUGUUGAAGAGUGGCGCCAAGGAGGCCAAGUUUAAAUUUGACGAUCCGAAUCCCUUCAUCGGAGACGAUGAAGAUGGCGAAGUGGCAAGUGUUGCUUAUCGCUACCGAAAAUGGGAUUUAAAUAACGGAAUCGAGCUGGUUGCUCGCUGUGAACAUGAUGCAGUUUUACAAACUCCACAGGGGGACACUCAGUUCCUCACGAUAAAGGCUCUGAAUGAGUGGGAUUCGAAGCUUGCCAACGGUGUCGAGUGGCGACAAAAAUUGGACACCCAACGUGGUGCUGUGCUGGCAAAUGAAUUGCGCAACAAUUCCUGUAAGCUUGCUAAGUGGACCAUACAGGCAAUGUUGGCUGGAUCCGAUCAAAUCAAGUUCGGAUACGUUUCUCGUGCUCACGUGCGGGAUUCUUCGCGACAUGUCAUCCUUGGCACGCAACAGUUUAAACCGCAGGAAUUCGCUAAUCAAAUCAAUCUUAGCAUGGACAAUGCCUGGGGUAUUCUGCGUUGUAUAAUCGACAUUUGCAUGAAACAGAAAGAUGGAAAGUAUUUGAUAAUGAAGGAUCCCAACAAACCGAUGAUUCGUCUGUAUGAUAUCCCGGAUAACACGUUCGAAACGGACGGCGAAGAAGAGGAAGGCGAUGACGGGGAGGCAUUCCAGCCAUACUCCUAUGGUACAACACCCAAGGUUCCGGCAGUGCCUGUUCCGGUUAGUACAACUGCUUCCGUUGCUGGUGCAGUUACUCCUGUCACAGCCGCCGCCGUGGCUGCUACUCCACCUCCCGCUGUGACAGAAACUACUCCCGCCACAGCCACAAUUGCUGCUGUUGUUGCCGCUGGGGCUACUGCUUCUCCUACUUCUCAACCCGAAAAAACUACUUCACCUACAGCAACACCUGCUACUGCUGCUGCUGCCGUUGCAGCUGCCGUUCCUCCUGCGACUGAUGUUACAACUUCUACGACCACGGCUAGUGCCACUACACCAACUAAGUAGAAAGUUAAACUCGAUUAACGAUUACCAGCCACACCGUAAAUCAGUGUGUACUAGGUUUUGCUGUAUUCUACAUAAAUCGCUUAUACUAUAUUUGCUAACAUCAUUUAAAAUUUAAACAAGAGGACGAUCACAGUUUGUACUAAUUAGGAAGAAGUAAAAUUGGUCAAUGAAAACAAUAAAGUUUUACCGGCGAGUUUGGUUGCUGGGAAAACACCA